CAGGGAAAAAGCACAAAAAACCAAGAUGGCUGGAGGUGGCGGUGAUGAGCGGGUUGGCUUCUUUUCUUUUUUGAUCUGAUGAUAAAGCCGAGAGGCUACAGCAGCUGGCGUUGCUCGGGCUCGGCUCGGAGUUUCCCCUCGUUCAACUGACACAUCAGGCGCCGACUUUGCGGGGUGGUGCCGCCGCCAGAUCCAGCUCCUUUUUUCUCUCUCCUUUUUUUUUUUUUUUUUUUAAUUUUUUAUUUUUUUUUUGUGACGAGGUUUUUUUUGGGGGGGGGGGGUUUGAAUUUAAAUCCGCCCUUCUCUCUCUCUCUCUCUCGCUCUCUCGCGCUCGCUCUUAAAAGCCAGAGGAAGAGAGCGAGGCAACUCAAAAUGGCUGAGGAUUGAAUAGAUCCUGCUGGAAUUGUACAUUUCAGCACUCUCCUUUGAGCUUUUUUUUUUCUCUCUCCUCUCUCUCCUCUCACCCCCUUCGCAGGCUGGAUCUAAAAGGAGGGAUAGCUUUCAUGUCAGAGGGAAAACAGAGAAGAGGAGGAAAAGGAGGGGGCAGGGUUUUUCAUUAGCAGUUGAGAAAUUCCUUUUCAGUUUGAUCAAGGCAUGCCUGCCUUCCUCCCAGCGACCGAAAUCCUCAGCAUUUGAUUUGAUUUGAUUGUCUUAUUUCGGAUGAUUUUCUUUUUUCGGUGAGGGGGGUUCACUCGAAUCGGGAGACCUCCAGCUUCUGAAAGAAGCCAGGCGCGGCGGCGGCGGUUUUUAAAGCCCACCCUUAGCGAGGAUUUAGAGCAGGUUGCUUUUUUGCUUUUUUUUUUUUUUUUUUUUUUUCCUUCUUCCCCCAAACCGAUUUCUUCUUCAUUCCUAUUUGUGCAAGGAGGAAGGGGCUGGGAGGUUUCCUUUGGCUCCGGGCUGGAUUUUCAUCUGAAUGACUGACUGACCCGCGGAGCUUUCCCAUCCAAGAUCUCGCCACCAAAAGCAUUUUUCCCCCUUUUUUGUAGGCUGCUCGGCUGGGUUCGAAGCAAAUCGUUGGGGCGCUUGAAAGAAUCCAGCUUGUCAUUUAAGGGUUUUUUUUGUUUUGUUUUUUUUUUAAUUUAAUAUCAUCCUCCUCCCACUUGGAUCUUAACUCUUUGAUUUUUAUUGUGAAAGACUUGAAUUCCUAAUUCCCCUCAGGGAGACAAGGAGGAAAAACAAUAAUAAAAUAAAAAUCGGAGGCAGGCUCUUCUCUGGGGCUCUGACCAGGUUGGUGGGAGGGGGACCGAACCUCCCUUUAAAAAUCCUGAAUGUCAGUUGCCAACCUAAGACGCGAAAAGUCAAAUCCGGAGUGCUAAAUUUAGGAGGUUUAUAUGGAACUUGGACUCUGCGACUGGAUUUUGUAUGGAUUUUUUUGCAACCUUUGCUGUUCAUGCCGGGUCUUAGUCAAAUCCCAUUUACCGUGAGACUUCCUAUUGCAGGGGGGGAACCCAGUUUCCGUCUGCAUCUGUAGCUCUAGCUGAGAUAUUGCGAGAGAAACUGUAAAUAGAUCGGCAGACAUGGCUGAGAAUUGGAAGAACUGUUUCGAAGAGGAGCUGAUCUGCCCCAUCUGCCUGCAUGUCUUUGUGGAACCUGUUCAACUUCCUUGCAAGCACAAUUUCUGCCGGGGCUGCAUCGGGGAGGCGUGGGCCAAAGAGACGGGGCUCGUGCGCUGCCCCGAAUGCAACCAGGCCUACAACCAGAAGCCCAAUCUGGAGAAGAACUUGAAGUUGACCAACAUCGUGGAGAAAUUCAACUCGCUCAACCUGGAGAAGACGCCCUCGGUCUUGCAUUGCGUCUUCUGCCGCAGGGGCCCCCCGCUGCCGGCCCAGAAGAUCUGCCUGAGGUGCGAGGCGCCCUGCUGCCAGUCUCACGUGCAGACCCACCUGCAGCAGCCCUCCACGGCCCGCGGGCACCUCCUGGUGGAGGCGGACGAUGUGCGGGCCUGGAGCUGCCCCCAGCACAACGCCUACCGGCUGUACCACUGUGAAGCGGAGCAGGUCGCCGUGUGCCAGUUCUGCUGCUACUACAGCGGGGCCCACCAGGGACACUCCGUGUGCGACGUGGAGAUCCGUCGCAACGAGAUCCGGAAGAUGCUGAUGAAGCAGCAGGACCGGCUGGAGGAGCGGGAGCAGGACAUCGAGGAGCAGCUCUACAAGCUGGAGUCCGACAAGCGGCUGGUCGAGGAGAAGGUGAGCCAGCUGAAGGACGAGGUGCGCCUGCAGUACGAGAAGAUGCACCAGAUCCUGGACGAGGACCUGCGCAAGACCAUGGAGAUCCUGGACAAGGCCCAGGCCAAGUUCUGCACCGAGAACGCGGCCCAGGUGCUGCACCUCAACGAGCGCAUGCAGGAGGCCAAGAAGCUGCUCAGCUCCGUCCAGGUCAUGUUCGACAAGACCGAGGACAUCAACUUUAUGAAGAACACCAAGUCCGUGAAAAUCUUAAUGGACAGGACUCAGAACUGCACGGGUGGGAGCCUUCCCCCCCCCAAGAUCGGCCACCUCAACUCCAAGCUCUUCCUGAACGAGAUCGCCAAGAAGGAGAAGCAGCUGAGGAAACUGCUGGAGGGUCCCUUCAGCACGCCGGUCCCCUUCCUGCAGAGCAUCCCCAUGUACCCCUGCAGCGUCAGCACCUCCGGCGCGGAGAAACGCAAGCACUCCACGGCCUUCCCGGAAGGCAGCUUCCUCGAGCCAUCGUCCGGAGCGGUCGCGAGCCAGUACAUGACCCAAGGGGCUUCGGCUGGCGAGGGCCAAUCCGCACAACCCAUGGUGCCUUGUAGCUCCACACAGCACAUCGUCGGACUUCCCAGCGGCCCCCAGCCCGUCCACUCCGGGUCCGUGUUCAACCCCUCCCACUAUCCCAAUAGCACAUCAUCUCAGCAGUCUGUGCUCUCCCAGUACGGCGGGCGCAAAAUCCUCGUCUGCUCUGUGGACAACUGUUACUGUUCCUCGGUGUCCAACCACAGCGGGCACCAGCCCUACCCUCGGUCGGGCCACUUCCCCUGGACAGUCUCCUCGCAGGAAUACUCCCACCCGCUGCCCCCCGCCCCGACUGUCCCCCAGUCGCUCCCGGGACUUGCCGUGAGGGAGUGGAUUGACGCCUCCCAGCAGCACGGACGCCAGGAUUUCUAUAGAGUCUACGGUCAGCCUUCUGCCAAACACUAUGUCACCAGUUAACCAUCGCACUGGCCACGGAGUCGGGCUCGUCAUGCGUUCGGAGAUCAACGCCCCGUUCUUUUAUUUCUCGCUUUCUUUUUCUUUCAUUCUCUCCUUCCUUUUGAAAAUCCAAUCUGGUCUCCUCCUCCCCGCUGCCGCCACCAGGACUGGUCUCUCGGCGCCUUUUGCUUUGGAACCGUCGUUUUUAAUUUAAUUUUGCAAACCUUCCUCCCCCCUUUUGCUGGGUCACGCCUGCUUCGUUUGGGGUUGCUAAGCCUAAAAAAAAAAAAAAAAAAAAAAAAAAAAAAAAAAAAAAAAAAAAAAGGACGACCAGAUCCUUCGCCAUUUCCACGUCUCUGAGUUCUCCACGGCUUGGUUCGCUUUUCUUUUCCUUUCCCUUUUUUUAAGAAAAAAAAGAAAAUCUCUCGUAUUCCAUAAGAACCGAUCCUUGUAGAUUUGGGGUUUGGUUUUGUUUGUUUUUUUUUUUUAAAAAAGGCUGAUUUUAUUUUUUUUUUGGUGUUAAAAGGCCACUUCUCCUGCCUAUGGGUGAUUUUUUUUUUUCCCCUCUCUCUCUCCCCCGCUCUCUCCUUCCUUUUCUUUCGGAGAUUUGUAAAUACACAAUGGCAGGAAAUUUAAUGCACAAGAGAAUUAAAAAAAAGACAAAAAAGACAAAAAAAGGGAAAAGCAACUUGGGGGAAAAAAAAAACCCACACAAAAAAACAAAAAAACCCCACAAAACAAAUAAAUAAAUUCUGUUUUAGUUUCCGGGAGGGUGGAGACCGCGCGGCCGCGGCGGGCACGCCCCUUCCUGCGUAUCGCUGAUGCAAUUUCCUGUAACAAGCACUUUGUAUAAAACAAAAAGUGGACUUCCUGCUCUGAGGCACAGGUAUUUAUUCUGUAACCAAUUUUAGAACACGGGGGGGGGGGGGAAAAAAAAAAAAAAAAACAAAAAAACAAAAAAAAAAACCCAA